CAGUCUCAGUCUUCUCAACUCCCUGCUAUUGCAGUUCAGCAUCAAGCCAAAAUAUAGAUACAUAUAUAGCCAGAUUUCCUGUUGUCCCCUAGAGUACAGUGAAAAUGGCUGUUGCCAUUGAUGGCCGGAUUGCCUUCCGACCAGCAGGACAGUUGCAUGGCACUGUUGCAUUGUCUGGGAAAAGGAAUUGGAGCAUUAUUAAGUUCUGCAAUGGAGAUUUUAUGGGAGAGAAGCUCAACUGCAGAAAGCUUCAGCAGAGGCAUCUUGAAAAUGGUAUUGCCAGGGCUCCUGUAAGCAUGUCCCUUACUGCUGAUAUUGUACGUGACACUAAGUUAAGGGACCUGGAGAUGGAGAAAAGGGAUCCAAGAACUGUUGGGGCAAUUAUACUGGGAGGUGGAGCUGGUACCCGUCUCUUUCCUCUCACCAAGCGCCGAGCAAAACCUGCUGUACCUAUUGGCGGAUCAUACCGGCUAAUUGAUGUGCCAAUGAGCAACUGUAUCAACAGUGGUAUCAACAAGGUUUACAUUCUUACCCAAUUUAACUCAGCAUCACUCAACAGGCAUCUCGCAAGGGCUUACAACUAUGGCAGUGGUGUCACACUUGGGGAUGGCUAUGUGGAGGUCUUAGCAGCCACUCAAACCCCAGGUGAGGCAGGUAAAAAUUGGUUCCUAGGUACAGCAGAUGCAGUACGACAGUUCCACUGGCUUUUUGAGGAUCAAAGAUGCAAGGAGAUUGAAGAUGUACUGAUUCUAUCCGGUGAUCACCUGUAUAGAAUGGACUACAUGGACUUUGUUCAGAAUCACAGACAAAGUGGAGCAGAUAUCACUAUAUCAACUUUGCCAAUAGAUGACAGACGUGCAUCAGAUUUCGGGUUGAUGAAGAUUGACAACAAAGGCAGGGUCCUAUUUUUCAGCGAAAAACCCAAAGGAGAUGACUUGAAGGCAAUGGCUGUAGACACCACAGUUUUGGGGCUAUCUAAAGAUGAGGCUCAGAAGAAACCUUAUAUUGCUUCAAUGGGAGUUUAUGUCUUCAAAAAGGAAAUCCUUCUGAAUCUUUUAAGAUGGCGUUUUCCAACUGCAAAUGACUUUGGAUCAGAAAUAAUCCCUGCUUCAGCAGCAGAAUUUUACAUAAAGGCUUAUUUAUUUAACGAUUAUUGGGAAGACAUUGGAACAAUCAAGUCCUUUUUCGAAGCAAACCUUGCCCUGACAGAGCAUCCACCAAAAUUUAGUUUCUAUGAUGCAACAAAGCCAAUCUAUACAUCCAGGAGAAACUUGCCACCAUCGAAGAUAGAAAACAGCAAGAUUGUUGACUCAAUCAUAUCACAUGGUAGUUUCUUGAGGAAUUGCUUUGUGGAACACAGUCUUGUUGGUCUGAGGUCCCGCAUAAAUUCCAACGUUCACUUAAAGGAUACUGUGAUGCUGGGGGCUGAUUACUAUGAAACUGAUGCUGAAAUUGCCUCACUGUUAGCUGAGGGAAGAGUCCCUAUUGGAAUUGGAGAAAAUUCAAGAAUCAAAGACUGCAUCAUUGACAAGAAUGCCAAAAUAGGCAAAAAUGUCAUCAUCGAAAAUUCAGAGGGCGUACAAGAGGCUGACAGAUCUUCAGAAGGAUUCUAUAUCAGAUCAGGCAUUACAAUCGUAUUAAGAAACUCAACAAUUAAAGAUGGUUUAGUGAUAUAACACAUGUACCAAUACAUUCAACUUUGAGAAAAGAAAAACUGUCAGUUGCAGUAGAGCAGGAUGGGAUCAAGACACAAGAAAUAUGAGUCUUUCCUUUUCAAAUAAUACACAGAAGCAAUGCAAAGGGUUGAAUUCAUGGUAUUGAGAAGUGGAAAUCAAUCUUUUCCCUUCAAUAGUCAA